UGUGAUGUGAUAUUUUAACUCAGAAUACAAACAGUAAAUUUGGUGUCUGUGAGACUGAUGUAAUGAUAAAAUAUUACUUUAGCUUGUUUUCAAUUCUCAUCGUUAGAGCCGCAUUCACAGGUGAGCAGGAUUUCUGUGAAAGUAAUGAAUGUAACGGAGAUUUUAAGAGGAAGAAUACGUUUUAUUCCAAUGUGAAACACGAAGGAGAAAUCCCACUGGCAUUAUCGCAUACAUUAUUAGAUGUUCUUCCGCUGGAUGAAGUUGACGGUAACUUUAUUCGUGUUGUUAAGAGAUGUGUGUUCUCAGAGUGUCAGCCCACCCCUCUGAAAGCCCCCCUGACACUGGCUGCUGUGUCACUGGAUGUGUUGUGUAAUGUUUUGGAUGUGAAUGAGUCUGUGAUACAGAAUGAAGAGUUUCUUCAGUGUGUCAGUGGUGGGAAACUGUUCGCUGGCUCUGUUCCACUAUCACACAGAUACGGAGGACAUCAGUUUGGAUAUUGGGCAGGACAGCUGGGGGAUGGAAGAGCACAUUUAUUGGGUGAAUACACCAACGGAAAAGGUGAAAGAUGGGAGCUUCAGUUGAAAGGCUCAGGAAAGACGCCAUACUCACGGUCUGGUGAUGGCCGGGCUGUGAUCCGCUCCUCGGUGAGGGAGUUUCUGUGCAGUGAAGCCAUGCACUUUCUGGGGAUUCCCACUAGCAGAGCCUUGAGUCUGGUGGUGAGCGAGGAGCCUGUAUGGAGAGAUCAGUUUUAUGACGGCAAUGUUAUACAAGAAAGAGGAGCAGUUGUUCUGCGGCUUGCAAAGUCUUGGUUUCGUAUCGGUUCACUGGAGAUCUUGACUAAAGCUGGAGAGUUUGAUGUCUUACGGACAUUACUGGACUUUGUAAUUAAAGAGCAUUGCAGAUCCAUCGCAACAAAUGACCCUGACAAAUAUGUGGCUUUUUUCUUCAGAGAGGUUAAUGAAACAGCACAUUUAAUCUCUCAGUGGAUGUCGGUUGGAUUUGCUCAUGGAGUCUGCAACACAGAUAACUUUAGUCUACUGUCUGUUACAAUUGACUAUGGCCCAUUUGCAUUCAUGGAAUCAUAUGACCCAAAUUUUGUUCCCAACACUUCUGACGAUGAGGGCAGAUACAAUAUAGGAUAUCAGGCUAACGUGGGCCUGUUUAACCUCCAGAAACUUCUAGAGGCUCUUCAACCACUGCUGACCCCAGAUCAGCUCUCACAGUCUCAGCAAAUACUGAAAGAAUAUCCACAGAUCUAUCAACAAAGAUUCCAUGAGCUGUUUAAAGCAAAGUUAGGUCUUCUGGGACAUGAAGCGGAAGAUUCAUAUCUCAUUGCAUUUUUCCUAAAGCUGAUGGAGGACUCUAGAGCAGAUUUCACCAUGACUCUCAGACAGCUGAGUGAAGUGUCUCUAUCACAGCUUGAGAACGGCUCUGUUCCUCAGUCAAUGUGGGCUCUUUCACUCCUCUCAUCGCAUGAAUAUUUCGCACACUGGGUUCAGCUGUAUUCAGCCCGUCUGUCCAGGCAACACGGCGACUCAGAUGAAGCUCGACAGCACAGAAUGCAAAGAGUUAAUCCAAGAUAUGUGUUGAGGAACUGGAUGGCAGAAUCUGCCAUUAGAAAAGCAGAGAAGGACGACUUUUCUGAGGUGGCGCUGUUGCAGCAGAUUCUUAUGAAGCCCUUCGUGGAGCAGGAAGCGGCUGAGCGAGCCGGAUACUCCAGUAAAGCACCUCUGUGGGCUCAGCAUCUGAGAGUCAGCUGUUCCUCCUAAUCUCAGAGACUGAUGAGGAAAAAAACAUCCCAACUUCAGCAUCACUUUAACAUUCCUCUUUUACCAAUAUCACUCAUCUGAUUGCAGACAUAUCCGAAUAUGCGCUGUGAUGUCACUAGACUCUGAAAUCUGAUUGGAUGAGCCAUGUUUAAAGGAUUCUGUAUUCUGCACACCUUAUCUGCAAAGAACCGGUAGUACAGUUGUGCUUCUAUUACAUAGAGGAAGAAAAGUUUGAUUAAUGAUAAUAAAUAUAUGAAUCGAA